AUGCCAUCUUUACGGUUACUUCGGGAGUCCUCCCCACUUCGUACAAUUUCCUAUAGCCAAAUCCUAUCAAAGUCCCUCGACAGCUUACAAACUUUACCUACCACCCACACUGGUAGUGCAAAGAAACCGAUGCCAAAAGGCUCUACCAAGCGGCCUCUAAAACCAUCCAGUAGCGACAACCAGCCCCGCCGAAACGCCGUUGCACUCGCGCAGAGAUUCUUGGUGACCUCUUUCGCCCUGGCUCUCCUUACGAUCUGUCUUUGGAAGUUUUCCAAUAUCCGGCCAUUGAGCAAAUGGGAGCAACGGCUCUUCAAUACGCUAUCAAUUUUGCUCACUGGUAUCGCCAGUUUGGGUCUCGGAUCACUCUCAGGGCACCUAGGCUCCAUGCUCAGAUGGCCCCUACUUUCCCGAACGGUGUAUCAAAUGAAAGAUGUGUGGUAGCUUACCUCUCGGUAAAGGCCUUUGUUAAUUAUCGGUAUAGGUAGACUUAAUACUGGGCAUGUCACAGCCAACCGGUUCAUUACAACUAAUCAAAAGGCACAUUCGAGAUAGGAGAAUCUCGCGGACCACCUUUAUUGUCACCACAUACCUCAUGGCAAAUCUGAUUGGGAGAUCGAGUGUGGCUGUUUUCGGUUUAGCUUACAACAUGACGGAUAAAACAGGGAUUGAGGACCCAAUCCUUGCCACAAAUUGGACAUCAGCUUUAUGGACUAAUCAGAUUUACUCCAAGGAGACUGCAUAUCCGAUGAAAGAUAAAUACGGGAGCGCACACGGCAAGGAUACCUCCCUCUCAGACCCGAUGCUGUGGCAAUGAACUGUGACUAAGAUCUCUGGUUAGAUUUCAUGAAUUCGGUGUGGAAUGGAAUACAAAGGUACGCCAGGGGCCCUGAGCGGCCUGAGGUCCAGAACUCUAGCUUUACCCAUAGUGACUUGGAGUCGGAUCUCCGAGUGUCAAACGCUACUCUGAAACUAGGUGCAAACACAACUACUUACUCGUACGAAUUAAUGGAUUUCAAGGGGGGACAUCCUAUACCCUCAAAUCGCACCGUUUAUUCAACUGUUAGCUGUAGCAUAAUCGAAGUUCACGAGGGCCUAUAUUGGCGCUGGAGCAAUGGUAAUAGAACAGGACCAUUUGGUAUGCAGGACUUUUGUUACCCUUCAAUAACCAAUCUCCAAAGCGUCAAUGAAGCUGAAUCGGGAUUUUGCAAAUUAGAUUGGGGUGAGGAGAGUGUUGCAAUCGUAACCGAGACCUUAUUAUGGGGGUUAAACGCCACAAAAGGGACCCAUCGAGCAUUGUGGAGGAAUCACACAAUGUCAUUCCCAGUCAUGGCGAAUGGAAGUCAUGUUUCUCCUCGGAUUUGUCAGUAUUAUUUGCCCAUUUCCAUAUAAGGUCUCCUAGAAUUAAUACCAUGAUUUCUCCAGAUAUAAAGUGCCCGCACUCAGAAUUUUCUUGGGAAUGUUGGCCGACCCUAACCGAAACUGUUCGUGCCAAUGAAUCCCACGAAAUUCAACCUCUUAAAGCGAUCUUUCACCCAACAGGCUUGUAUCGGCUGUUGACAUUGGGCCUUGGUGCUUCCGGGGGCAGCGGCCGUUUGGUCUAUUUGAAAGACUCACACUUAUCUGCCUUCAUGAGGCCUGCCCCCGAGAAUCGGAUAAGCCAAAUUUGCAGCGAAUUCUCCGGACCCCGGUACCAGAACAAAACAAUCCCGGCUGGCUACCACUUUUGGAUAGCUGGCCAAGCAGCUCGGCUACCGAUCCUCGCCAUAAUGAACGCAAAUUUCAAGCUACCUCGGCUUGCAAGAGGCCCAACCCCUAAUCAGAUCAGUGGCACCGCAUACGUACACACGACCCUGGAUGUAGACUGGCUUCGAGUUGUCGUCGUAGUAGCCAGUAUUACAGGCGGCCAAAUCCUAGCGAUCCUAGCUGUCCUCUACUAUUGCAAUGGUGUCUACACCAGAGACGAUAGUUACCUAGCGACUGCGGAGCUCUUGAAGACAGUUAUAAACAGAUUUGAUGGUGGGAAAUUGAUGACAGGCGAGGAAUUGGCAACAUCUCUUGAUAAUGUCUUGGGAGUAUCAGUUAGCUAUGGGACCAGGAUGGGUCAGGACGGUGGCCCGCCGGAGGUGGAUCUGGCUUAUGGCUUGGAUGCCAACUUUCCUCCAUUCCCCCAGAAAAAACAAGCCUCAAGGAACAAUUGUUAAAAGAUCCCAGAGUGGCAGUUGUGGGUUCAUUGGAUUUGGUGGAGUCGCGGGUGGCACGGGUUCGGCUUGUUGUGUAGAUAAGGUUAUUUGCACCGUUUGAGGGGAAUUUUGCACGUUUGUUUGGACAGCAAACUUUUCACUAGAAAUGGUAGGGGGGAAAAAGGAUAAUAUUUUUUUAAGAAGAAAAAUAAGGCCGAGUUACUUGAAUUGCUUGUAUUAAGUUUAGUAUUCCUCCAUUUGAUACCAGUUCUGAUUGUCGAGUGAA